CUCACACCCUUCCUUGUUAGACAACACUUUUGAGAGUGAACAUUUAUGUUUAUGGCUUAAAAAGGCAGUCUAACCCAUAUGAAGUGUAUUUAAUGAUAUCACCUUUUAGGGGAAAAGUGCGACAGUUCCCCCAACACUUGUGGACUAUUCAGAACUACUAUCUUCAAUAACAGACAUGCGACCAAGGUCCAGAUUACUGGUGAAACGUGGCAUGCCCACCAUCAGGGAGGGCUAUGAGGAGCUGGUGCAGGACCUGAACCAGACUAACAGCCAACACACUACCACACAGGACUACUUCCUCUCCAUCUGCCAUCUGGCCCGGCCCACAUUCCCUCUGCAUGAGCCUGACUGUGACAUCCUUUCCAUCGGCCCUUUGGACUCCCCAAAACCCUGCUUCCGACUGCACAGCUUACGCCAACAUCUACAAACUCCACAGCCGCACACCUCCCGCAAAGAGCAAAACAUCGCCAGACCUGCUCCGUCAGAACCGCUGCAGGCCCAGGCCCCAAAGGAGGGCAAUGGAUGCAGAGGUGAUGGCCCAGGCCCUGCAGAUCCGCUAGAGUACCUCUACAGCCACAGAGGCGCACUAGCGCUCUCCACCAGGAGGGGGAGCAUUCCUCCACGCAGGCCACGCAGUGACACCUUUCCAGGCGUCUCGUCUUCACCUGACACCCAUCGCAAAGGCAGCUGUCCUGAGCUGUGCUUGGCCGAGACUGUCACUACGCCGACAGUCCUGCAGCGGUCGCCGCUCAACAGGAAGAAGUUUGAUGACAGUUGCCUUGCUGCUCGCAAUGGCGUGCCCAACGAUCUCAAUUGCACCCCUGCUGGAUUGAGGGGAAAGAGCAAUUGCUGCAUGGACAAGCAGACCAUUGUGUCCCACUGGAUCACAGAGUGCCGCAGUGCAUGGAAGGAGGCCCGCAUUCAUGCAUGCAUGCUGCCGGCUAUUGCCGAGAAGUAAUCUAGGCAUGCAACACUCCUAAAAUGAGAAAGUUGAACAGGACAGGCAUACAUCACGUACAGUAACGUGGAAUAUUGUGGAAUUAUGACUUUGCACUGCAGGUUUAUAUGCAUAUACAUUACCUUUUUUUAAAAAAAAUUAUAUUUAAACCUAUGUGCCGUGCUGAUACUACACCUUAGUGCAGAGUUACAAUGAAUGUCAAUUAUAAGACUGAUUCAGUCCAGUAAUGUCCAGUUGUGAUAAAUGCACUGAUUGUUGGAUGCCUUUAACAUUGUUUAGUAAUGUUUAAAAAAAUAAUAAUAAUUAAAAGUAAAAACAUUUAUCACAAUUUCAGUUCUAAUAUAGAAUAUUCAAUACAAUAGUUUAAAGGGGAUCUGCAUAAUAUUCACAGGUAUGCAUCUCACUUCAUCUAAAAACAUAUAUAGCUGGUACUACUUUGAAGACCCAGCUUGUGGCAAAAUUGUAUAUUAGGCAGCUACUGAGAUGCAGAAUGAAUACGCCAAGCUUCCAAAACUACAUCAUCAUACAUUUGAUGGAAAUCCAAAAUUCCAAGAUCUGCAAACAAUUAAGUGGUCGAAAGGAAUAGAGUACUUAUGCCUAAAUACAAAAAUUCUCUAAAUCUCUCCACAUACAGAUGUUCAGAUCCUAAUAAAUAUAGUAGAUAUUAUAUCUAAUUUAGUUUUUUGAUAUUCAUUUGAUGUCUUGACCACAAACUCCUCCUGGUUCACCAACAUGGAAGUAUAUUGAUGACAAAUGUCUUUGAAACAAAAAAGCAUGCUAAACUGCACUACUGAAAAAUAAACGCAUUGCAUUAACAGUGCUGUCGUUUUGAGGGGGUUCAAUUUUAUAUGGUUGUAUAUUAAAGCUGUGAGUAUUUCAAUUGAAAACAUUUAGCACAAAAUUUCAUCAUAAAAAAAUGCAAUAAAAAAAAUAUUCACCUUCCAAAGAAUUUACAACUGAAUUUUAACACUUAAAAUUUCAAAGGUGAAUUUGCAUAGUGAAUUAUAAUGGACUAAAUUUUACCUUUUUAAAUAAUAAAGAUGAAAUCAAAUUUUAAAAUAUUUUUAUAAAAAUUUUUUUGCAAGGUGAAUAUGUAUUGAUUUUUAAUUAUGGAAUUUUGUGCAAAAUAUA